AUGUCAAGUGAGACGCAUCCAUCUCAUGAAACCAAAGAAAAUCCAUAUCAGAAGUCGAUAUUAUAUUUGAGUGCAAUAGAGUUGUUUAUGAUGGAGCAAUUGGGGUACUCUUUCUUAAUAUCAUCCAAUAUACGAAAUAAAAAAUCGAUUAAACUUGAUGAGGGUUGCAAGUACUUCCCUGUUCAAAAAGUUUUCAACGAAAAGGGAAAACUUCUAUUCGACGAAACAAAUGAAUUUAACAUACACCAAACGUCAACACACACAAAAUUUCAAAAUUAUUCAAAGUGUUCCUCUUCUGAAAAAUAUGAAAAAACUGAAACCCUUACAAACAGACAGAACGACAAACGGAAAGUUGCGAAAACACAAAGAGACUUAAUUCCUCGAUUAAAAGAUUUUUUCAAUUCAAUCAUCACGAAUUGGCUCUCGAACAACAAAGACAAAAUCGAAAACUCAAAUGACGUCGACAAAUUGAAAUUGGACCAGACACAAACGAAGAAAAGUGAGAGUAAAAGUUUCACUUCAACUAUGCUGAAAAUGCUUCCAAUCAAACAAUUUGAAAAGAUCAAAGUUGUCCUGCGGAAUUUUGCGAUGGCGGGGCCGGGACUUAUGCUGUAUACAGUUUUGAAGAAUUUUUUCGGCCAAAACAAGACGAAACAGGUCUUGAUUUACAACGAAAACGCAACGCAAAAUAUCAAAGAAAGUUGCACCGAAUUGCAAGUCUACAUGGACGAAAAAACAACACAGAAAAUGCCGUUUUAUCAAUUUAGAAACAUGAUAAUGACGGAGACAAACACAAUCAAAAUUGACACACCGAAAAAAACUGAAGAGAGGAAAAUCGGUGGAGCUUUUGUUCCAAUUAAUGUCGACGAUUUCAAACCUAAAAUAAUCCAAAAAGAAAAUACAACACUAGACGAUCAAAACAAAAUGCAAUUUGUGACAUUACUAAGAAAUCUAAGUCCACACUCGUUGGAAAAUAUCCGAAAGGAAUUGAAUAAUAUAUUAAAUGAGAAAAAUAAAACGACUGUUGUAAGUGAACCACCUCCAAUUAUUGACUUAACAAAAACUAUGUUGGAUAAAUAA